AUGUUUUGUAGUCAGUUCGAUGAACGAUUCACUCCUGAAGGUUUAGACGAACAUUUUCUGAACGACUGUUUUAUGCUUACGAAGUGUAAAUACUGCAAUGAGAUAUUAGAAAUAAGUGCACUGAACCAUCAUUACCUAGAAGAGUGUCCUGCCAAAGACCAGUUUAAGAAAUGUUACCGAUGCAAGAAUCCAAUUCCUAAGGAGAAACACUUUCGACAUAUUAGCCUUAAUCAGUGUAAAGGGUCAAGUGGCCAUAAAAACGCAGAACGAUGUUUCUUAUGUCACAAAGAGGUAUUGCCUAAUAAUGACAUUGGUUGGAGAAAACACUUGAGAGAAGAGUGCUCCGGCAAUCCGCGCUCUCGAAGAAUUGCAAAUGUCGUAAUGUCAUCUGUAACAGAAAACAAAGUUAAACAGUAAUA